ACUUAAUGUUACAGUUCUGGAGGCCGGGUACCAGCUUCCCCCAGGCCAAAAUCACUGCCAGCACAGCACAGCACAGCACCAGUAAAGACCCUCCUGGGCUUUCUAGCACAGGAUCUACUCUUACUUUUUCCAACUCUUACAGGAUGCUAAAAUCGCUUGGCUAAUGGCGCCUUUCCAGAAGCUGUAUCUAAUGCCUACUUCUGCUGUCGGGCACAAUAGAUAAUAGAAAGUCACUGUUUUGAGAUUCAUGUCUUUGGAUCGUUUCCCCUAAGGACACACGUCUGCGGCCCUGGUGAGCUGACAUGUAGUGGGGUAAACUGGCCAGCCGCUCCAUUGCGGGAAGACCCAGGGAAAGAACCACAUGGAGGCAGAGGGCUGAACAGGGGAGGUAUGAACAGAGCACACUUCCUUUCCACUCUCUCUUGGCUUUGCCGGUAGCUCAGCUUCGGCUGUGACGUUUUUGGCCUCUCCCCACUUGGAAGAUGGUUUUCCGAGAUAGACGAGAUACACAGACCCGCCCAGCUGGAUGAGAUGCCGAGUGGGGCGGGUCUGGGGCUGGAUCCGGGCAUGGAAAAGUACCAGUAUUCCUUUGAGACUGUCUGAAUGACCUGCCUCGAGUCUGUCAGGGUGAAAUGCAACUUAGAGGCCUGGGCGUUGCAACCAGUAACUAUCUGCAGGUUUGUGAGGGGUUGUGGGAGAAUGGUCAAGGGAGCAGGUGGGAACCCAGGCCGGGUUCAGAGUAAGGAUGUGACGUCUAGCAGCUACUUUUGUGCUCCAAGCCUCUGUUUCCAAAAAUGCCUUUUGCCUCCCGAAUCACAAGCCAUCCCCAAAUCAAUCUCUUGCUAACUUGCUAACUGCAAGUUAAAGGACGUGUGUGCUUGGACUCCGGAAGUAUACAGCACCGUGAAUUUGCGUGCUGGGAGUACCCAGGAAUUCCAAGUGAAUUUGGCUGCAGCCAAACUGUGCAGCUUGUCCAGAAAGCGAUCAUCCCCAGUAGGAGGCGCCUUUGGUCCCAACCAGAUUCUUUGACACCGGGCUGCCCAAGAACUUCUAAGGCCUUCAGCUUCAAAGAGUUGGACGCGCACCCACGAAGGGGACCCUGGCCCGAUCCACGCCGGAAUUCAAAGCUAGCAGGGGACGCAGAUACGUGCCUGGAGUCGCGGGGUUCCCAGGCAAACUUCCAAGCAGGUGAGACGGCUCUCAAGUCAGAGGACCCUCCCCGCCUCCAGGCGGAGGGAGAAGCCAGUCUGUGAUUCGCUGGAAAGUUUUCUGCCAAGCUGGGAACGCGCCCCUUAUGGGGACAUUCCCGGGCCUCACGCUCCACCCGAGUUGGGGCUCAAAGUGGAGAUCCGGAGAGCGUCCGGGAGACCCGAGAGUGGGGAGCUGGCCGAGGGCGUGAGCUGAGAGCUGGGAAAACCUCGCUUCCUUCCUCCUACCCUCUACCGCCCAUCAUUGGGCUGGGCGGCCGGGAGCUGCGGGUGGAGAGGAGGCGGCCGCCUGUGCGCACAGGAAGAUCUCUCAUCCGCCCGGUUCACCCCGAUGCCUGGCAUUUGAAGACAGCCAUCACUUGAGCAUCUGCCGCUGAUUUCUUACUGCGGCAUAGGAGAAUUUCUUCGGCGCGAGGAAGGAGUGUCUGUUGCUACUACUGUUUUUUUUUUCUCUCUUUGAGCCGGGCCUUGCCCCUUUCUGUGGCCAUGAUGGCCCAGUCCAAGGCCAACGGCUCACAUUAUGCACUGACGGCCAUCGGCCUGGGGAUGCUGGUUCUCGGGGUGAUCAUGGCCAUGUGGAACUUGGUCCCUGGUUUCAGUGCUGCAGAUAAGCCGACAGCCCAGGGCAACAAGACAGAGGGAGGCGGUGGCAUCCUCAAGAGCAAGACUUUCUCAGUGGCCUAUGUGCUGGUCGGUGCUGGCGUGCUGCUGCUGCUGCUGUCCAUUUGCCUGAGCAUCCGGGACAAGAGGAAGCUGCGGCAGAGUGAGGAACUGGCCCGUAUCCAACAGCAGGCGGGGGCUGUGCCUCCCACGCAGGAGGAAGACAGCCAGGAGGAGGAGGAGGAGGAGGCUUCCUCACGGUACUACGUACCCAGCUACGAGGAAGUGAUGAACACGGGCUACUCAGAAACCAGGGGGCAGGAGCAGAACCCGAGACUAAGCAUCUCUCUCCCCUCCUAUGAGUCACUGACGGGGCUUGAUGAGACGACCCCCACGGGCACCAGGGCUGACACGGAGGCCAGCCCGGGGCAUGCCCCCGACAGGCAAAACUCCAAGCUGGCCAAGCGCCUGAAGCCACUCAAAGUCCGAAGGAUUAAAUCUGAAAAACUUCACCUCAAAGACUUCAGGAUCAACCUCCCAGACAAGAACACUCCUCCUCCCUCUAUUGAGCCUUUGACUCCCCCGCCGCAGUAUGAUGAGGUCCAGGCAAAGGCCCCUGACGCCCGGCCUCCCGACUGAAUGGCCCUUCUGACGUCACUCCCUCCUGUCUCACCCUCCACACCAACAGACUGCGCCAAAGCCACUUCAGCCCCAGACGAGGGGUCAGGGCACACUUAGCCACUGUGAUGGGGAUUCCGGGCAGAGGGAGUCACCAAGGAUGAUGGAGAGCAUCAGAAGGAUGCUGGGGACCUGAGAUGCUCUGGACCACAGCAAGGUGUGCAGCCUUGGCAGCCCUCCACCUUCCUUCCCAACUAGGGAUCGUUGGCAGCACGCUCCUCUGAGCUGGGGCAGGGUCCCUGGUGACCGGUUAGACCCAGGUGGUCUCCUUUCGCUUCCACCACGGUUGCUGUGUUUCUAAAGGAAACCGAGUUUUGUGCUUGCUUUCUUCACCGGAGCUUUGGACAGGCGGAGAAAUUGGCUCAGCACUGGCCAAAAGGACACAGAACUGCCUUGUGAAUAAGAUGACGACUGUGUAGGGGUGAGUGUCGGGGAGGCCCCUAGGGGCUCCUGGAACUGUCGGUUCUUUGAGGGUCUAAGGCCUGAUGACCUUCAGCGUGAGACACAUGAGGUGGUUGUCUGAUUCAGUACACUGCUCUCCUGUGGGUAUUGGAAGGCAGGAGAGGAAAAGUCGCUGUUCUGUGUCUCCUCAAACGCCAUGUGGCUGGGCAUUUUAUAAUAAAGUGUUUUGUAUGUGGCA